AUGACCGGCUUUGACUUCUCCAACUACAACCGCAACGCGGCUCUCCAUGCCAAGGGAGUGCCUCUACCUAAGGCUACAAGCACAGGUACCACUAUUGUGGGUUGUAUCUUUGACAAUGGUGUUGUGAUUGCAGCAGAUACCAGAGCUACUAGCGGACCCAUCGUAGCAGACAAGAACUGCGAGAAGCUACACUAUAUUUCGCCCAAGAUCUGGUGUGCUGGUGCUGGUACAGCUGCAGACACGGAGUUCACCACCGCCCUGAUCAGUUCGAACAUCGAACUGCACUCCCUCUCAACGGGCCGGGACCCUCGAGUAAUCACUUGCAUGACCAUGUUGAAGCAACACCUCUUCCGCUACCAGGGACACAUUGGUGCAUAUCUGGUGGUAGCCGGUGUUGACCCGACUGGCACCGGUCUGUACACAGUCCACGCCCACGGUUCGACAGAUAAACUUCCGUAUGUGACUAUGGGUUCUGGAUCGUUGGCGGCCAUGUCCGUUUUUGAGUCGAUGUGGAAGGCAAACCUGAACCGUGAGGAAGCGGUCGAGCUCUGUGCUGAGGCGAUCAAGGCUGGUAUUUUCAACGAUUUGGGAUCGGGUAGCAAUGUCGACGUUUGUGUCAUUGAGAAGGACAAGCCCACACAACUCCUGCGGAACUAUAUCAAGCCCAACGAGCGUGGUGAAAAGGAACGCAAUUACCGCUUCCCCAGAGGCACAACGGCCUAUUUGAACCAGAAGAUCAUUAGCAAGGAGGAUAUGAGGAAAUAUGUCACUGUGGAAGAGGUUUCCGGGGACCCUAAUCUGAUGGAGGUGGACUCGUGA